GCAGUAGUACUUGCUUUAUGUGUCAUUCAAGCCUUCUCAAAAAAGAAAAAGCAGUCAGAACACAGACAGGAACAUAACAAUGACAUUUCACAUUGCUCUGCAUGUUGCUGGGGCAAUUUUUCUCAACAUUGCAUGCGCUCUUUGCCAAUUAGAUGUGUGUGGCCAAGCCCCCCUCAAAUCCAAGAUUGUUGGAGGGCAAAGUGCUGUUGCGGGGUCUUGGCCCUGGCAAGCGAGCAUUCAAAGAAUCUCCAGUGGAAGUCAUUUCUGUGGUGGGAGUCUAAUAAAUAAGGACUGGGUUUUAUCUGCAGCUCACUGCUUCCAGACCAUCCCUGCAUCUAAUAUUAAAAUCUACUUGGGACGUCAGUUCCAAAGAGGCUCAAACCCAAAUGAGGUAUCCAGGACAGUGAGUAAAGUCAUCAACCAUCCAAACUAUGGUUCAACUACUCAAAACAAUGACAUAGCACUUCUCCGGCUCUCUUCUUCUGUGACUUUUACUGAAUUUAUUCAACCAGUCUGCCUAGCUUCUUCUGGUAGUACUAUUGCUGCAGGUACUAAAAGCUGGAUCACUGGAUGGGGAAAACUAAAAUUUGCAGACACCACGCUUCCCAACACACUGCAGGAGGUGGAGAUACCAAUUGUGAGCAACAGUGUUUGCAGAUCUGCCUAUGGAGGUAGCAUUACCAGCAACAUGGUGUGUGCUGGACUAACUCAAGGAGGGAAAGACUCGUGUCAGGGAGACUCUGGAGGACCAAUGGUCAAUAAACAGGACAAAAAGUGGAUUCAGUCUGGCAUUGUGAGUUUUGGCAAAGACUGUGCAGUACCCAAUUAUCCUGGUGUGUACACCCGAGUAUCUGAAUACCAAAGUUGGAUCAACACUAAGAUAGACAGCAACCAGACUGGAUUUGUUUCAUUCAACUCCACUGGAACCCGUGGCUCCCCCAACCUCCUCUUAUUUUCCCUUUCUCUCUCAGCCUCCAUCAUCCCUCUAACCUUCAUCUCUUUUCUUAAAGACUGAGUAAUAACAAUUCUGAAGGUUCAUUGAUGAAGAGGACAGUUUGCUGAACACAGUCUUAUUAAUAAAGCAAGUUUGUGCCUACUGAUUUUUAGUGUUUGCCUAAUAAGAAUACAGUGCAUUGAUCUGUUAUUUAUUCUAAAACUGAGACAUAAAAUUCUAAUAUGUGUAAAUUCAAAAUGCUCAGUCAAUCAUCCUCUUUCAAGUGAAUGUUCAUUAACAGGAUGCAAUACAAAUGCACUGCAGUCAGUUUUAUAUUUAACUGUGGAUUUGUUUUACAAAUAACACUAACUUUGUCUCAGAGGCUAGAUUUCUGUUCAGCUUAAAACUCUAAAAUGAGCAAAUGUCUGAUUUGACUGAAUAAAUGAGCAAAUGUAUGAUUUAACUGAAUAAAUUAGAAAAUGCUGUGAUUUUUCUGUG